ACUACAAACCGGGUUCACUAAAAGCAAAGUUAUGUGUCGAGGGCUCAGCGCUGGCCUAUAAGUAUUUGGACCACAAGAAGAUACCCUAUAAGAAGAUCGGGAAAUUGAUUGUUGCCGUCACUGACGAUGAACUCAAUGGACUCAAUGAUCUCUACCAAAGAGGUCUUCAAAAUGGUGUUAAAGAUAUGAUAUUAGUUGAACAAAACGAUAUCCAGAAAUAUGAGCCCAAAUGUGUGGGACUGAAAGCCAUAUGGAGUCCGCACACGGGAAUUGUCGAUUGGGCUCAAGUCAACGAGUCUUUCGGCAAAGAUUUUGAGUCAAUGGGCGGUAAAAUCUAUACUAACUUUAAGGCAAAUAAGUUUGAUUUAGAAGAUGAUUCCAAUAACCAAUUGGUUAGAGUUACGGACAGCACCGGUGAUAAAGUGAUUACCGCUAGAUAUGUAGUGACAGCGGCUGGACUUCAAUCCGAUCGGAUCGCCAAACUAACCGCCGGUCAACAAAACCCUAAAAUUGUUCCCUUUAGAGGAGAAUAUUUAAUAUUAAAGAAAGAGAAGAGCGAUUUGGUUCGGACUAACAUUUAUCCCGUACCGGACCCCCGGUUCCCAUUCUUGGGCGUACACUUUACACCGCGAAUGGACGGCAGUGUACUUCUCGGACCCAAUGCUGUCCUGGCAUUCAAACGCGAGGGCUAUAAAAAGAGUGACUUUAGUAUUGCCGACGUCUGGGAGACCAUUAAAUACAGCGGAUUUAGAAAACUCGCGUUCAAAUAUUUAGGCCAAGGUUUUAACGAACUCUAUAGAAGUUAUCGGACCACAGCUCAGGUGGAAUUGCUUCGCAAAUAUGUGCCCUCUUUGACCAUCGAUGACAUCGAACCCAACAGUUAUCGCGCGGGCAUUAGAGCCCAGGCUCUCGAUGAAAAUGGCAAUUUAGUCGACGACUUUGUGUUUGACAUCGGAAGCGAAGGCAUAGGGAAGCGAGUGCUUCACGUGCGCAACGCUCCGUCUCCGGGCGCCACCUCUUCGCUGGCCAUCGCGAAGAUGAUCGCAGAUAAGGCUCAGCAAUGUUUUGCAAUAUAAUUGAUGACAAAUUUG